AUGAUCGCCAGACAGCAGGGUGUGCGAGGCUUCAGCUGUGGCUCUGCCGUCGUCGGAGGGGGCAGGAAGUCUGGCUUCAGCUCCCUCUCCAUGUCUGGCAGUGCGGGCCGCUGCUCCUCUGGGGGCUUUGGCAGCAGGAGCCUGUACAACCUCGGCGGCAACAAGAGCAUCUCCAUGAGCAUGGCCGUGUGCCGGCAGGGCUCCGGCUUUGGGGCUGCCGGCGGUUUGGGGUCUGGCGGCUUCGGCGCUGGCUUCGGCUCUGGCUUCGGUUCUGGCGGCUUUGGUGGCGGAUUCGGGGGCUCCUUCAACGGCAGGGGGGGGCUCGUCUGCCCUCCUGGGGGCAUUCAGGAAGUUACCAUCAACCAGAGUCUGCUGACCCCUCUCCAUGUGGAGAUUGACCCUGAGAUCCAGCGGGUGCGCACCGAGGAGCGCGAGCAGAUCAAGACCCUCAACAACAAGUUCGCCUCCUUCAUCGACAAGGUGCGGUUCUUGGAGCAGCAGAAUAAGGUCCUGGAGACGAAAUGGAGCCUCCUCCAGCAGCAGACAACCACCACGUCCACCAAAAACCUCGAUCCCUUCUUUGAGGCGUAUAUCAGUGCUCUGAGGAAGCAGCUGGACUCCUUGGUCAAUGAGAAAGGGCGCCUGCAGUCUGAGCUGAAGGUCAUGCAGGACAGCGUGGAGGACUUCAAGAUCAAGUACGAAGAAGAGAUCAACAAACGCACAGCUGCCGAGAAUGACUUUGUGGUCCUCAAGAAGGACGUGGACGCUGCCUACAUGAUCAAGGUGGAGCUGGAGGCCAAGGUGGACGCCCUGAACGACGAGAUCAACUUCCUGAGGGCGCUCUAUGCUGCGGAGCUGUGCCAGAUGCAGUCCCACGUCAGCGACACGUCCGUGGUGCUCUCCAUGGACAACAACCGCUGCCUGGACCUGGACAGCAUCAUCGCCGAGGUCCGCGCCCAGUACGAGGACAUCGCCCAGAGGAGCAAGGCCGAGGCCGAGGCGCUGUACCAGACCAAGGUCCAGCAGCUCCAGACUUCAGUUGACCAACACGGUGACAGCCUGAAGACCACCAAGGCCGAGAUCAUGGAGCUCAACAGGAUGAUCCAGAGGCUGCGGGCCGAGAUCGAGAAUGUCAAGAAGCAGUGCCAGACUCUGCAGGCGUCCGUCGCCGAUGCCGAGCAGCGCGGGGAGCUGGCCCUCAAGGACGCCAACACCAAGCUCCAGGAGCUUCAGGUUGUCCUGCAGAAGGCCAAGGAGGAGCUGGCCCGGAUGCUGCGCGACUACCAGGAGCUGAUGAGCGUGAAGCUGGCCCUGGACGUGGAGAUCGCCACCUACAGGAAGCUGCUGGAGGGCGAGGAGUGCAGAAUGUCUGGAGAGUGCCAGAGCACCGUGAACAUCUCCAUGGUAGGCGGUGGUGCCAGCGCUGGAGGCGUGGGCGGGGGAUUUGGAAGCUGCUCCGGGUUCGGCCUGGGCAGUGGCUUCGGCGGUGGCUCUGGCAGCGGCUUCGGCUUCGGCGGCGGCGUCUGCGGCAGCUCGGGGAAGGUCAUCUGUUCCACCACCAUGAGCAAGAGAUCCUGCCGGUAGAGGAGACAGCUCCCUGCAGCCCUCUGGGCCCCGCCGGUCCAGCCCUGGUUCUCUGUGCCUUCUUCACCCUCCUCUGCCCCUCUCUGGGGCUCAUCUUACCAUGUCACCUGCAUGCCCCCUGGACUCUGCUCCCAGGAUGGUCUUUUCUGCCAGGGCAUGGACUCUGCCCUCUUGGAGUUUGGUAGCUUCUCAGUUUGGGCCUGGAGACCAGCUGCGGGGUGCCCCCCCCCACCCUGGACUGAGAGGCUACGGGCAGGAGCUUCAUCUCCAGAGUGGUCAUCUCAGCCCAGCGCUGUCUCCUGCCAGGCCCUGGCCGCCCCGCUCCAUCAGGACCAAACAUUCUCCGCCCCCUGGCAGCGUCCUGCAGAGCAGGGCAGGGGCCACUGGGUGCGCUCAGCUGUCCUCACUCCUGUCCAUUUUCUUCAAUAA